AUGAGGACCUCUCUCUUUAUCGGCUCUGCCAUUAUAGGCGCUACUUCUGCAUAUAAGGCUACUACUACUCACUACUACGAUGGGCAGGAGGGUGCUUGCGGAUGCGGCUCAAGCUCUGGUGCAUUCCCAUGGCAGCUUGGUAUUGGUAACGGAGUCUAUACCGCUGCUGGCUCUCAGGCUUUUUUUGAUACGGCCGGUGCGUCAUGGUGUGGCGCGGGCUGCGGUAAAUGCUAUAAACUCACCUCGACGGGAGAGGCGCCUUGCUCUACCUGUGGUACAGGUGGUGUUGCUGGUCAGAGCAUUAUCGUGAUGGUUACAAACCUGUGCCCCAACAAUGGAAACGCAGUGUGGUGCCCGAACGUUGGUGGUACUAACCAGUAUGGCUACAGCUACCACUUUGAUAUCAUGGCAGAGAAUCAAGUCUUUGGAGAUAAUGUGGUUGUUGAUUUUGAGCCUAUUGCCUGCCCGGGCCAGGCUGUUGCUGACUGGGGAACUUGUCUCUGCAACGGAAUACAAGAGACAGAUACCACGCCCGUUCUUGGUAGUGACACUAGCCCACCUCCUCCCGGCACGACAUCAUCGACACCACCAUCCAGCGGUGGACAAAAACAAACCCUCUACGGCCAGUGUGGAGGUAUUGGCUGGGCAGGUCCCACAGUUUGCCAGCCUCCGGCCACCUGCAAGACACAGAAUCCAUGGUACUCUCAGUGCCUUAACUAA